GCGGUUCUAACACACUAGCAAGCAGCCCAGGGUCGAGCAAUCUGCGUGGGCAGGGCCAUACGUGGCUUAGUGCACGCACAAUCGUAGCAGUUUACGACCAUAUAUCCUGCGCACCCGCUGCAGCCGCUUGUGUGGAUCAAAAUGCGUUUAUUCAUCACCGCUGGCCUGCUGAGUCAAUGCACGGCUCUCUUAGCGCCACGCAUAACGCGCAGUGUUGCACCGUUGCGAGCCGCAGCCACGGAGGAGGCGGCGAAUCCUCGAACUUUCGGGCUAGCACUAGAGUUAGAUGACGGCACGCGCAAGGUCCACUCGGUGGCCGAAAACACGCAGUCCGCAUCAGUGUGAUUGUUUGCGACAGCUCCACGCCAUCGACGCGAGCCCCGUUCACCGGUAAUUCUUCACGCAGGUUCGUGGCCGGCUUCUUCAAGGGCCUCGGCCAGCGCGAGUCCUUCGCCCAGCUGACGACCUCGUUCUACUUUGUGUAUGAGGCGAUGGAGCGGGCCCUCGACACGCUCGACUGCCCGACUUUAAAGGCUCUAGAUUUUCCCGAGCUGCGGCGCUUGCCCGGUCUCGAGCGCGACAUGGCGUUCUACUACGGCGCCGACUGGCGGAGCAAGAUCAAGCCGUCGCCGGCGACGCGCAAGUACGUAGCGCAGAUCGAGAAAGUCGCUUCCGGCGACGAGCCUGAGCUGCUCGUCGGCCACCUCUACUCGCGGUACCUCGGCGAUUUGUUCGGCGGGCAGAUGAUGAGUGGCAUGGCGGUCAAAACGUUGGGCGAAGCCGUGGGCGACGGCAGCGGCGGCCUGGCCUUCUACGAGUUCGACGCGAUCCCCGAUUCGAAGGCGUUCAUCACGGACUGGUACACGGCGCUCAACGCGCUCGACCUCGCCGAGGCGACGCGCGCGGACAUCGUCGAGGAGGCGAACGUCGUCUUCCGGCUCAACAUCGAGGUCUUCAACGAGCUCGAGGGCAGCGCCAUCGGGAGCGCGCUCCGGCUGGCGCUGUCGACGCUGAAGGAGAAGCUGUUCGGGUAAUACUGUGUAUGUAGAGGUACGGCGG